GCGUUUAAAAAAUUGGGGGCUACAGUUAUAGGAACCGAAACUCAACUUCCUUAGUGCCUUCGGGGCGAAGCAACUCCAUUUGUAUAUAGAGAGAAGAAACCAGUGAUUACUCAUUGUUAAUGGUGAUUUACGGUUUCGUGGUGAUCAAGGUUUCAGUUUCAGGAAAAGGCUUAUUUUGCUUUGAACUAGCUUGGUUUUUCCUCAUGCCUAGAAAGAGAAGAACACCAAAAGAGGGCAGUGGGGAGUCUUCUUCACAGGCCUCAAAUGUCUCGAACAUAGGCAAUAUUCAGCAAUCAGUACAUGCGCCUGCUUCUCAUUCAGGCCCAUCUCAAACCCCACCUCCCACUAUAAGGAGGCCUGUCUUGUCUAGUCCCAGUGCUAGAGCAGGUCCUUCGAGUAGGAGUGAUGUCCCCGACCUGCCCCAAGCUGUUCAGGCCUCUGUAGGUCCUCAAGUUCCUGGUGCUCCUCCAAGCUCAAGCAAGGCCAUUACAUUUCCUCGGAGGCCAGGGCUUGGAAAACUUGGUCGGCAAAUAAUGUUAAAAGCAAACUUCUUUCUUUUGAAGUUCCCUCACGAGGAUAUUUUCCAUUAUGAUGUGACCAUUUCUCCACAAGUACCAUCAAAGAACUCUUGUCGUACAAUUAUCACAGACCUCUCAAAUGCCCAUGGAGGUCAGGAACUGGGCAACCAUUUAGCUGUCUAUGAUGGUAGAAAGAGUAUGUAUACAGCUGGACGUUUUCCAUUUUCAUCAAAGGAAUUCACAAUAAAAGUGGCUGAAGAAGAUGUCAAAUCACAGACACAGAGACGAGAGAAACAAUACAAAGUGGUGAUUAAAUUCGCAUCACAGUUAAGUAUGCAUCGCCUGGAGCAGUUCCUGAGUGGUGACCAAACAGAGCUUCCACAAGAUGUGUUACAAGCACUCGAUGUUGUGCUGCGUGAGUCACCUUCAAGGAGGUUUUCUUCUAUUGGCCAUUCCUUUUUCUCUGGGACAUUUGGUAGAAAAAUUUUAACAGAGGGAUUGGAAGCUGUGAAGGGUUUCUUCCAGAGCGCCAGACCUACACAAUCUGGUUUAGCAUUAAAUAUUGACAUGUCAGCCACAACAUUUAUAAAAGAGCAAGAAGUGAUAGCCUAUGUUGCGGAUAUUUUACGCAAGGAUUUGAGGAGGCCUUUGGUUGAUGCAGAUCUUGUGAAGGUAAAGACAGCUUUAAAGGGCCUCAGAAUUGAGGUCACACAUCGGGGAAAUAUGCGGAGGAAGUAUCGUAUAGUGGGUUUGUCCUCUCAAUCUUCAAGGGAAACAAUUUUUACUGUGGAGAGAAAUGGAACAUCAAAGAGGGUUUCUGUGUACGGUUACUUUUAUGAAGUUUAUAAUAUGAAAUUGGUGUAUCCACUCUUGCCUUGUCUCCAAGUUGGAAGCCUUGAGAGGCCGAGUUACAUUCCAAUGGAGGUCUGCAAAAUUGUGAAGGGUCAGCGGUAUUUGAAGUCUCUAAACCAGAGACAGACCACAGAGAUGCUGACUUUCACUUGUCAAGACCCUCGUAAUAGGGAAACGGACAUCCUGAAGGCUGUUGUGGAAAAUAAGUACAAUACGAGUCCUUAUGUGAAUGAGUUUGGAAUAGAAGUCAGUGAAACAUUAGUCCCUGUUCACGCGAGACUUUUAGCUUGUCCAAAGCUUAAGUAUUGUAAUGACAGGGGAAGAGAAAUAUCUUAUACCCCUGAAUUGGGAUACUGGAAUAUGAGAGAUAAGAGAUUUCUAAAUGGGGGUCGUUUGAACAAUUGGACUUGUGUGAACUUUUCAUCAAGUGACAUCUCUGUGGCAGUUGCAAUGACCUUUUAUCAGCAACUUUUUGGAGUUUGCAGAACAUUGGGGAUGACAUGCAAUUUGAAUCCCAUAUUGAGGAUUUGUGAGGCUCAAUCAGAUAGUUUGGACCAAGUACUAAAUGGUAUUCAGACAGAAUUGACUGCCUCUGGAAAGACAUUGGACCUUUUAUUUGUUAUUCUACCUAACAAUGGGCCUUUAUAUGGGGAUUUGAAGUACAAGUGUGAAACUGAAUAUGGAUGGGUUUCCCAAUGCUGUCUAAGGAAAACUAUCAUGGAACCCAAACCACAACUCUUAGGAAAUUUGGCACUUAAAGUCAACGUAAAGGUGGGUGGAAGAAAUACAGCUCUUGCAGAUCCUAUACCUCACAACAUACCUCAGUUCAGUAAUGCGCCCUUUAUUGUUUUCGGAGCUGAUGUUACUCAUCCUCGUCCAGGAGAUGACGCUUCUCCAUCCAUUGCUGCAGUGGUUGCUUCUCGAGACUGGCCUCAGGCCACACAGUAUGCAGCAAUCAUUAGUGGUCAAGGCCACAGAAAGGAAAUUAUUGAAGCCUUGUACACAGAGACACAUGAUCCUGAACAUGGUUUUCAGGCUGGCGGCAUGAUAAGGGAACAUCUAUUGUCAUUCAAAGCUGCGACAAAUAGAGAGCCUGCACAUAUCUUAUUUUUCAGGGAUGGUGUUAGCGAGGGGCAGUUUUCACAGGUUGUCAGAGAUGAACUUACUGCUAUCAACAAAGGUUGCAAGUCCCUUGGAGCAAACUAUGAGCCUCGUAUUACAUUUGUAGUGGUGCAGAAGCGACAUCACACCAAGUUCUUCCCUCAGACAUAUGGGGAUGACAAAACUUCUGAUAAGAAAGGAAAUCUAUUACCUGGCACAGUGGUUGACAGAGAUAUAUGCCAUCCUGCUGAAAAUGAUUUUUACCUCUGUAGCCAUGGUGGUCUCAAGGGGACAAGUCGUCCUGCUCAUUAUCAUGUCCUUCACGAUGAUAACAAGCUCACAGCAGAUCAGCUCCAGAGUUUGAUAUAUAAUAUGUGCUACACGUAUGUUCGCUGCAACCGUUCUGUCUCAAUAAUUCCAGCUGCAUAUUAUGCUGAUCUUGCUGCAUUUCGCGGUCGCCACUACCGUGAUCAUGUGGAGAGAUCAGAGAGUGGCCGGGGAAGUGUUCCCAUUCGAGUCAUUCCAUCUGUGAAAGACAGGGUAAAGAGGUUCAUGUUCUAUUGUUGAGGUCGCGUGGUUGAGACAUUAGACCAACAAAUAGGAGUCCAGCUUUGGCUUUCAAGGCUAGUGGGCUUAUGAAUAUGUGCAUGGGGAAGCGGUGCUUGUUUUCUUUUCUUAAUUGGGCUGUCUAAGAACCAUACGCUAAAUAUUAGCAAACUUUAUAAAUGUGCGUGCUUAAGAACCAGGUGAUGCUAGCUUUUUUCGUUUCCUUAUCUCUCUCCAUCUCUCUCUCAUUUAUCUGAUUCACAAGCUUGCUUACUAUGGUGCUCAGUGUGGAUUUAUACACAAGAGAAAAGUCAAGCUUUGUUAUUAUGGUGCUCAA